AUGAGAACCCAUCUUAUCUUGGAAAUUUUUGACUUUGACAUUUUUGAGAGCUCUAGUGAAACUCCAACCCCCUGGGAUGGCUUUUCAGCCCCCGCUAAAACAGGAAACAAGGACAUGCUUUCUCUUGAGGAAAACCUGGACUUUGCUCUCCAUACUACAAAACCAUCUCUCCAGACCUGGAUGUCAAAGGUGGCUCAGAAUCUGAGCAGCACAGGAGAUCAGCCAAAGGACCUUCCUAGUCACCUGGAUGACCUUCCAGGAACAACAUCAAAAAAAGAUGAAGCCAAACAAGCAUCUGAAGAAAAUCAGUCGAAGCAGUUGAAGGAACCUAAAGCAAUUACCAAGGCACAAACAGAAGAACUGCCAUUCCCUGUGGCUGGUAGUGCCACAAUGCAGAAGCAAAAUACCAGUGGCCCGGAAACAGAAGAUUUGAAGGAGAAAAUCUUGCUUGCCCACCUAGCUGCUAGUGAGAGAGAUGAAGUUACAGUAGAGAGCUGGACCCUUCCCACAGCAGUAUUGCCCGUGGAAAUCUCUUCCAGCCCACAAUGCUGUAAGGCCGGGGAGAAAGGAAAACAUGAUGAUGCUGGCAAUUGUAACGGGGAUUGUCUUCUUUGCACUUGCUUUGCUCUCUGCAUUCUGCAUAACUUGCAGAACAGGAUCCAGAACUCCACUGUUGAUAUCAAUGAGCUCCAGCUGGUGGUGCCAAGCCGAGAGAAUGAAAACAACAACCACUCUGUGAGCCGGGAGCAGGCGGCCACUUCCUGCAGAGGCAGCACAGAACGGUCUCCUCAGGACACUGACCCAGAUGUGCCCUCCUCCAUAUCUGCAGUGACCACUGAGACUGGGAGCGAUGAAGUGUUUAUUAUUUCUGCUGGACCUGGCACUAGCGGGCUGAGCUUUACCACCUACAAAAUACAGGACAAAAAUCUAAAAAGAAGUGUCACAAGCCCAGCCUCUGUGUCUGACUGGCUGGCUUCUAAUCACAUGGCUGCAGGAGCAGACACUGUUGAGAAGGGGAAUGCCCAGCUAGAAAAUCACUGUCCCAGACAACGCACGUGGAGUGCCCGCACUUUCCACGACUUCCUGGCUCCAAUACCACAGCUACAGAAAAAGUGGUGUAGCUGGACCACUAACAGUCCCUUCACAAAGCUCGUUGACAACAGCGGUUUUCCUACAGCUGCAAGGUCUCAAGGUGUCUCAACCAGAAAAGUAAUCUCAGCCACUGAGAUAGAGGGAGCAUCAGGGACCGUUUACUCUGAUUCAUCUGCCAGUAAUGCCUCAUACCCCCUCACGCUGUCUGCACAAAGGCAGCGGAAGCUAAGCUCCUGCAAUUUGAAGAAAUCCAGGUUUGGGAACCCUUAUUUUGGAUUUUUCGUCAGUUCCCCUGACAGCAAACAUGUGAGGUCCUUGGAUCCUUCAAGACAUCUAGGGGCAACAUCUCCAGUUAACAGCCAAAGCCCCAGAAAUCUUCUAGAGAGCUCCAACCCACUGAAAAUCAACUUGGUCAAUGGUUCAAAAACAAAGGAACUUAUCUUAGAAACAGAUAAAAACAAACCAGUUUUUGUUAUUUCUGAAGAAGGGGAUGAUCAGCAGCCUCUCGUCCUAGCAGAACACCUUAGUCAAUGUGGAGAUCAUCUGUCAGAGCAAAAUGCUGUGUAUGCUCCAGCUGUGCCAGAUAAACAGCCAGUGGUUCUGACUGUGGAGGGGAACAGUUCUGCCAGCUUCAUCUCAAAUCUUCCCCUUUGGGCAAAAUCCCCCAAUUUAUACAAAGGUCACGUGAAGGUCCCAAGCUCUUCCAGGGAACAGCAGAGCUCAUCAGCUGAGGAUGCAAGUACUACUGAGACCUCACAGAACUGUGAUACCCUAACUGCUCCUACGCUAAGCCAAGCUUCAGUCCAGUGAUGCCCUCAGAAAGACUGAAACAUCAGUUCAGAAAACCAGAGACAACAGGGACAUGAUCAGAGUGGAAGCUGUGCCAAGCAAUUUGGCAUGGCAGUCAUAGAUGGAUGCAACUUUGUUACGAAUGGUCUUUGCUUCCCAUCUGCUGGGACUGAGAUUAUGAAGAUACAUACCAUAGCACAGCGCAAAUUCCACCUUUCCUUAUGCUCACUAACCUCAUCUCCGUUCUUCUGCAUGGAAUUUUUAUAUGGUUUAUACAAGAAAGUAUCCUCUGAAAAAGUACUUCAGACUGCAGAAAAACUUUUCUGGAAUGAGAAAUGAAAGUCACCUGAGAUGGUUAUACCAUGGUUUAUAGUUGAAAUGUCAAUCAGUCCUCUGUCACUGUGGUAUCACUCGAAUCUUUCUGUUGGGAGCUCUGAGUUAAAUUUUGUUUAUAGCUAUGCCUGUACAAUCCAAGCCUUGCCAAGCCAAGGGUAAGAAUUCAAUCAUGCAUGUUUGCGUACAGUUUUGUAAACUUAAUUUUAAGCAUUUCAUAAGUUCUGCACUCUAGCACAAAGUUUACCAAGCAUUAGCAUCUCUAAUAUUACAGACAACGAUUAUCUCAUAUCCUAACUCUUUAGCGAAGCAUACAGACAAGCUGAGCAACCCAACACUGGAUGCUAGUUCUAUAAAAGUCUGAUGUAGCUUUAUCUUUGUUAGAUCUACAUAGGCUUAAAACACCUUAGACCACUACAUUUUUAAGUGACUCCUCAUGGCAACAGGAGCAUGUGUAUAAAAACACUGAAAUACUAAGGAUAGUUUUCAGCAUCCAACACUUGGAUAUUUGCAGCUGCUCUGAUCCUAUAUCCACCAGCUAUUUAUUGCUGGUAACGCACACUGACUAGAGAACUAUUUCCCUUCCUUUGGCAGGCAAGACUUAAAAUUAAGUGGGGCAAACUUUGAGUGCUCACUUUCUAUAGAAAUGGACUACUAAGUGGUUGUGCCUCCCUGGUUGCAAAUACAGGGCUUUCAAUUGAACACUGAACCAAAGGGAAGCCUGCUAGUCCUAUUGCCUUCAGUAACCCCAUCAGUAUUUUAAUUGCCUCUUGGUGAUGUUUUCCUAUCUUUGCAAGAGACUCCAGCAUGUUCAGCCCACAACUUAGAAUUAUUUUGCUUUCUUAAAUGAAAGAAAUUCCUUAUGAAGCUGUAUUUUGCAGCUGAAACAGCACAUUGUUUUAAAGCAAUAGUAUGCCAUAAAACAGGUGUCAGAAAUAUCUUCCAUACAAAUCUUCCCCUAUAUUAGGUACAGUGUGCAUUGAGUUAUCUUAAUCCUUCUAUGUGAAGGCAUUUAAGUCUGAUUCCUGAAAUAUUUAAAUGAAUUAUUUAUGAUUUCACCUGCUAUUACAGCUUCCAUUUGCCGCCUAUUAACGCCUGAGAUACACAACACAAGACUGUUGGUUUUGCCUUAUACUUUGAGUGUGUGUUUACGUGUCUACGUAAACAUAGGAGCCUUGCAUCUGGCUGCAGUGGAAGCAAACACAUAUAUGCCCUUUAGCAGUUGACUCAAACAUGAACAGCAAACAAGUCUCUCCAUUCGUUAUUACCAGACUGUGUUGAGUAGUUUUGAAGCACAAAGGUCUGGCUCCAAGUUGGGUUUUUUUGUUGUUGGAUUUUUUUGUCGUUGUUGUUUUUUAAUUAAUGCUAUCUGAUUCAAAGGGAAGAGUUAAUAUAUUUAUGAUUUAAGAAAAUAUUUAGAAGUCUUCAGUACUCUAAUAAUAACGUCCACUGCAUUGAAUUCAUAUACACUGUAAUUCAGAGUCAAUGUUCUGUUACUUCUUACAUUUCUAAAGAUUGAAGUACUGAAAUCUACUUUUGAAAAGUACUUGUGUUCAGUUAUUGACAAUAGCUACAUUUGAAGGGCUGGAAAAAGUGGCUUUUUCAAUAAAAGCAUGUUUAACUAUUCAUUUCUACAAUGUAAUGACACUACUUUUCUUUUGGUGAAAGACUAAGUUAUAUGGGCACCAGUACAUCGUGUGGGGUACACCAGCACAUCGUGUGGGGUACACCAGCACAG